AUGCUACAGGAACCUCUCCCAAGGCCCUCCACCGGUACCAGCUCCGGGAUACCCCCAACAACCUCCAUUCCAGCAGGGCUUCUACCCACCCUACGGACAGCGAUUUGGACCUCCUCCUCCAUUCCCUCCUGGUCCCGGAUUCCCUCCCUACGGCGCUCCACCUGGAUGGUACCCUCCUCCUGGACACGGGUUCCCCCGGGCCCGGGCCAAUUCCAACCUCCCAUGCCCAUUGACCCCAGCCAGCAACCUGGACCCCAGCGUCCGGGACCACCUGGUGCCGCCCCCGCACCUCAACCCACCUCUGAACUGCCGGUUGGAGACAAGGCCAGCAGCCGCAACGCAACCCCCGCGGCCCAGAAGGCCCCCACCCCGCCAGUCGAGUCUAAGCCCUCUGUGGCUGAAGCUACCGCUCCUAUCCCUGCUCCCCAGAAGAGUGGUCGAGUCAUGCCCGCCAUCCCGAUAGCAGCCCCGCGACAGGCCGCCCCAGUUCCCCAAAUUCCCAGCGCUCCUCGCGGCAACCUCCAGCAAGUCACCGACGCCACUGCAGCCGCUACCGCCGCAGUCGCUGCUGCCAUGGCCAAGCUUCCCCAGCCUGGUGCCCAAAGGCAAUCUGGACAGCCCGACGGUGGAAUUGACGGACUCACACAGAAGAUGGGUCACAUGCGCCCAUACGAUAACAACCGUGCUCCCCGGGGUGGUCACCAGCACCCCGGUCACCAGCACCCUCGCGGUGGUCGUGGUGGACCUCGUCCUCAGCAGCAGCACAAGAAGAUCGAGGUGCCCCAGUCCGAUUACGAUUUCCAAACCGCCAAUGCCAAGUUCAACAAGCAAGAUCUUGUCAAGGAGGCUAUUGCUACGGGAGUUCCUGCUGCCGAAGCUGAGGCCCACGCCGCCGAGGAAGCGGAAUCCUUGGAAACCAUGUCCAACGGUGGUAGUUCCUCCAACCCGGGUUACAACCGCGGAUCUUCCUUCUUCGACAACAUCUCCAGCGAAGCUCGCGACCGCGAGGAAAACACAGCUCGUGUUGGCGGUCGUGAAUGGCGCGGAGAAGAAGAGAAGCGCAACAUGGAAACCUUUGGACAAGGCAGCGUCGAUGGCUACCGCCCCAACUACCGCGGACGUGGUCGUGGCCGCGGCCGCGGCCGUGGUGGUUAUGGUCGUGGCUACGGCCGUGGCCGUGGUGGUAUGCGUGGUGGUCAAGGUUCCUCGGAAUCCACCGGUGUGCCCUCGCAGGUUUAA